AUGGGUCUAAGUCGAGGUACCUGGCUGGGCAAGCCUCCAUCUAGAACCGGACCAGUUCACAAGGUUUUAAACCGACUUUUCCUCGUCGGUGGUCCAGUUGCAGGGAACACGACGCCUUCCUCCUCUGUUGGUCCAUCCGAUGCGACUCUUGCUACUCCACGCUCUCACCAUACUCUAAAUUACUCUCCUGCGCCUUGCCCGAAGCUGGCGAGCUCCUCUUCCGCAUCUGCGCCUGCACCUGCUUCUUCUCCGAGUCUUCCUCCUCGUUUACCUCUGCUGCCUCGACGGACACCCACGUCUCCUCGUUCCGGCUGGUCCCAUUACCACACUAUCCAUACUCCUCUGCUUCGCCGCAGAGCUCAAACUACUACUAAUUGCCUCGUCCCGUCGCCCACUUCCGCCUCCUCUUUCUUCUCCGCACCACUCCCUCCGACACAUGCGCCGGUAAUGUCAAUGGCGUCGUAUCCUUUCAGCUCUUCAAGCUCAUCAGACAUCUCUACGCCUCGGUCCGCCUCGCCUUCGCCAUCUCGCAGAAUGACUGACUUCAACCCAAUGUCUUCCACUGACAUCAACGCUAUCGAGGAGAAGAUGAGAAUGGCCUCUCUUGACCAGCACCGUGGUUACGCCCAGAACACUUUUGGCGAAGUCCAGCAAUACCGCAACACUGAACCCAUCCCCAAGUCCCAAGCCACUGGCUACCAGGUUCUCAAGGAGCCUUUGUGGAACAAAGGCCUUGCCUUCACUCCCGAGGAGCGCAUCAACAAGAACCUCACUGGUCUCAUCCCCCACACCAUGGAGAGCCUUCAGACGCAAUGCCAGCGGGCGAUGAAGAUGAUCAACACUCGCCAGACCCCCGUUGACAAGUACCUGUACCUGUCUUCGCUCAAGGCCCAGAACUUUGAUCUCUUCUACCGCUUGCUCAUGGACAACAUCCGCGAGCUCAUGCCUCUGGUUUACACCCCCACCAUUGGCGAUGUCUGCCUGCAAUACUCCACCCUCUACACCCGCCCUGAGGCUUUGUACAUUUCCAUCAAGCAGCGCAAGUCCAUCCGCACCAUGCUCCGCAACUGGCCCUACCCCAACCCCGAGAUUUGCGUCGUCACCGACGGCUCGCGUAUCUUGGGUCUGGGCGACUUGGGCGUCAACGGUGUUGGCAUUUCUAUUGGCAAGUUGGCUCUGUACACUGGUGCUGCUGGUAUCCACCCCGAGAACACCCUGCCCAUUGUCCUUGACACUGGUACCAACAACGAGACCAACUUGAAGGACCCCUUCUACCUCGGAAUCCGCUCUAAGCGUGUGUCCGUUGCCGAGCAGCAGGCUUUCAUGGACGAGUUCAUGGAGGCUGUCGCUGAGGUCUACCCCAACAUGACCGUCCAGUUCGAGGAUUUCGAGUCCGAGAAGGCCUUCAACUACCUCGACCGCUACCGCAACAAGUACCGCUGCUUCAACGACGAUAUCCAGGGAACUGGUGCCGUCGUCCUGGCCGGCUACAUCAAUGCUGUCGAGCUCUCUGGCGUCCCCAUUGAGGAGCAGCGCCUGGUCUUCAUGGGCGCUGGCUCUGCCGGUGUCGGUGUGGCCAAGCAGCUUGUUGAGUACUACACCAAGCGCGGCCUCAGCGAGCAGGCUGCCAAGGACAAGUUCUGGCUGGUCGACACCAAGGGCCUUGUUACCAAGGACCGUGGUGACAAGCUCGCCGAGCACAAGAAGUACUUCGCCCGCACCGACAACAACGGCCACCAGUUCCGCACCUUGGAGGAGGUCAUUGAGUACGUCAAGCCCAGCGCUCUGGUCGGUCUCACUGCCACCUUCGGUGUCUUCACCGAGUCUGUCGUCCGUGCUCUCAAGGCUUCCGUCGACGCUGGUGGUCUUGGCCGCCGCCCCGUCCUCUUCCCCCUCAGCAACCCCCUCACCAAGGCCGAGUGCACCUUCGAGCAGGCCAUCCAGUGGACCGACGGCACCGUCCUCUUCGCCUCCGGUUCCCCCUUCUCCUCCCUCACUGUCAAGAGCAGCGAGGGCCAGUCCAUCACCUACCACCCCAACCAGGGCAACAACGUCUACGUCUUCCCUGGUCUCGGCCUCGGUGCCAUCCUCGCCAAGGCCUCCAAGAUCACCGACGACAUGGUCUACACCUCGGCCGCUGCCCUUGCCGGUGCUCUCAACGCCGAUGAGAUCCACAGCGGUCUCAUCUACCCCCGCAUUGAGCGUGUGCGCGACGCCAGCUUGAUCGUCGCUCGGGAGGUCAUGAAGUCUGCCCGCAGAGCCGGCGUCUCCGCGCUUCCCGAGGCCCAGUGGGUUGAGUGGGAGGAGUGGGGUGACGUCGCCCUCAACAACUGGAUCAAGGAGCGUGUUUACGACCCCGUCAGCUUCUCCGAGAGAAGCCGCAUCUAA